UGAGGAAUAUUGGGCUUUUCUUUUAAAGAUAUGGUUUGGUGGCAAUCUUUUUUUAGGGGGGUUUGGUUAGGUAUGGAGAAGAAAUGGUCACGGUGCAAUGCUUUCAUGUAUAUCAUGUAGUGUGUGUGGGGCUGGAGAGAAACUUGAGUCUUUUAUUUGUGGAACAAGGGCACAAGGCCACAUAUUUGGUAUUGUUAUGGGCUAAGGGGGGUGGGGAUUUCAAGAGUUGUUCGGUUGGGGACUUGGGGUACAAACAAAAUGGUGGGAAUCUGAAAUUUGAAUUUCAGAUCACAGGACAGCUUGCCCUCAUUGUUUGCUUUCCUUUUUUUACAAUUUUUUUUUCUACUGUUAACAUAAGACUUUUUCUUAUAAAAUUAUUUUACUGUGCUUUUAGCAUGAUAAAUGGGAUUAUAAUGUAUUUCGUCAGUUUCUUUUUACUUGCAAUGCUUUGUAGAAAACAAAACUAAAAAGGAGAACUGGAGAAGAAUGUAUAAUAGUCGACAACUUUACAGGAUCAUAAUGCGGUUGCCAGAUGAUGCAGAAGUGAGCAAUGAGCUCUGGGAUGAGGUGAUAGAGAGCAUGAUCACACGGGUGGAAGAUAAAAUUCCAGUAAUUCGUACGUUUGCAGUUAGAGCUCUUUCACGUUUUGUGAAUGAUUCAGAGAACAGCGAUAUACUUGAUUUAUUCAUUCAUACACUGGAAUCAGAGCAAAAUGCAGAUGUUAGAAAGACCAUUCUGUUAUCAUUACCCCCCUCUAAUGCAACAUCAUCAGUGAUCAUUGAUUGUACUCUUGAUGUUAGUGAGUCAGUUCGCAAAACUGCUUAUUUUAUCUUGGCCAAUAAAUUUCCUCUCCAGAGCCUCAGCAUCAAGCUCCGGGCAUUGGUUCUUCAGAGAGGACUAUCUGAUCGUUCUCCAGCAGUUGUGAAAGAAUGUCUGAAGCUAAUGAAAGACGAAUGGUUAUGCAAAAGUUGUAACAAUAAUCCUGUUGAACUUCUCAAGUACCUUGAUGUAGAAACAUAUGAGUGCGUUGGUGUUUCUGUUAUGAAGGCUCUCCUAGGUGCUGGGAUGGGUAGGCCUGAUGGCAGUCAGAGGAUACAGCAGUACAAAGAAACAUCCUGUGACGAAGCUAGAGAUACAGAUAAUGGGAACCAAGGCCUUGAACUAUUGGAGCCAGAGGUUGCUCUCUAUUGGAGAGUUGUGUGUCAGCAUCUACAUACAGAGGCGCAGAUGAAAGGCUCUGAUGCUGCUGCAACUACGGGCACUGAAGCUGCAGUCUAUGCAGCAGAAGCUUCUGACAGCAGUGAGCUCCUGGAGAAAGUGCUCCCUGCAACUGUUUCCGAUUAUGUGGAAUUGGCCCAAGCACAUAUCACAGCAGGAGCAAAUUAUCGCUUUGCAUCACGGCAACUGCUGUUGCUUGGUUCGUUGCUUGACUUCUCUGAUUCAACAAUCCGGAGGAUUGCCAGCACAUUUGUACAGGACUUGCUUCAUAAGCCACUUGAAUAUGAAUUAGACUGCAGUGGUAACAAGAUUGUGAUAGGGGAUGGCAUCAAUCUUGGUGGCGAAAGGGACUGGGCCAAUGCGGUUGCGGGGCUGUUCAAGAAAGUUCAUGCUGCUGAUGGAGAGUUUGAAGAAGUUAUUCUUCGGGUUGUGGAAGAACUUGCUAGGCCAUGCAGGGAAAGAAGUGCUGAUUUCAUGGAGUGGUUGCAUUGCCUGGCUAUUAUGGGGCUUGUCUUGGAAAAUACAAAAUCUAUACAGUUGUUAGAAGGGAAGGCUAUUGAACCUAUAGAAUUACUAAACGCCUUGCUGCUUCCAGGGGCCAAGCAUCUUAACUUGGAUGUACAAAGGGUUGCCGUCAGAUGUCUAGGCCUUUAUGGGCUGUUGGAAAGAAGGUCAAGUGAAGAAGUGGUGAGACAACUAAGCUUUUCAUUUGUCAAGGGCCCUUCUUCAAUCAGUCUUCUUGCUGGCAAGGGUUUAAUAGAUCUUGUAAUGUGGCAUGGCCCUCAAGAAGUUGACAGAUCUAUAGGGGAAGAUUUUCUUUCACAAAUCCCUGAUAACGGGCUUCAUCUUACUCCUGAAAUGUGCAAUAAAGUUGAUGGUGAUAAUAUUGGAGUACUUGAUCUUUUAACUGUUGGAUUAGAAAGUGAUUUUGUUGACCAAACACUGGAAUAUGAGGAGAAUGAAUCAGUCCAAGCUACUCUUGGGGAGGGUUUCGCAAAGAUUCUUCUCCUGAGUGAGAAUUAUCCUAGCAUACCUGGUUCUUUACAUUCCUUAAUCUUGGCCAAGUUGAUUGCUCUCUAUUUUAGUGAGGAAAACAUUGAACUACAGAGGUUAAAACAGUGUCUAUCAGUGUUUUUUGAGCAUUACCCUUCACUGUCAGUUAAUCAUAAGAAACAUCUCUCGAAGGCCUUUAUUCCAGUAAUGCGAGCAAUGUGGCCUGGAAUUAAUGGGAAUCAUGGGGGAUCAACUUCCAUGACAUCUAACCUGCGUAAACGUGCAGUCCAAGCAUCACGAUUUAUGCUACAGAUGAUGCAGUCAACACUGUAUAAGAAAGAAGCUGAUAAUCAUGUAAAUAAUUUGGCAGAGGAAAAUGCAGGUUCCGUUGAGGACCCUGUCCACACUGAUGAAUAUGAGGCUGGAGAGGAGGGUCUCGCUAUACGCAUAGCCACUGAGGUGGCCACCUUCCCGACAAAGAAAACUGCAGCAGAUAAAUCUUACAUUUCAGCACUAGGCAAGACCAUAAUAUUACUCCAAUUCCGAGUGGCAGAACAAGGAGCAAUCAAGAUGAUGCGGCUUCUUCUGAAUCGUGUCGCUGGAUCCGUCUCACAUGAUAAAGAGCUCGUAAAAGAGCUGGCUAGCAUGGCUAAACACUUGAAGGCGUUGGAUGGUAGUCCGAACGAGGACUUGCCAAGAGAUAAGGCUAAAGUCAUUCUUGGAAUGUUGGAUCUGGAGUAUAAUGUUGGCGAAGAUCACUCAAGUGAAAUACCAUCAACCCCAGCCCCAGCCCCACGCUCUACUCGACCAAAUCGUCCAAGAAAACGCGUGCAGCGUGAAGAAAGCAGCUCCUCUGAUGAAGAAGUUUCACUUUCACCUGCAUCUGUUGUUGUUCCUUCAACAGUUCGUUCAGGUGCACGUUCCCAAAGGGCCAGCAAAACAGCAGCAUUGACAAAGAUGACUUCAACCAGAUCUUGUGAUGAUAUUGAAGAGGAAGAAGAAGAAGAAGAAGAAGAGGAAGAAGACUCAGAUUUAACUUCUGAUGAGGAAGCCGACAUUUCUGACUCAUCAGCUCAUUGAGCUGAUGCUCCCUAAGGCCUACACAUUUGUAAUCUAAAUUAACAUAAUUUUAUUGGUGUGUUUUUUGUGUGUUAGGUUGGAAAAGUAAUCUGCAGAUAAAUUAUCCGAUUACAUAAAAUGGAAAUGUUUAAUUAUCAUUGUGUAUACAGAUUAGCUUAGAGCUACCCUCUUCAGUGUA